AUGUUUUUGUCGUUCUCAAAGUUUUAUUUUAGUUUUAAACAAACAUGAGUGGUGAUUGCGAUGAACAGAUUAACUUGUAUACAUUUUCAAAUCCAAACGAGCCUAUUAAAUGUCCAAAACUACCCUACCUUGGCAACUGCAGAAGUGUUGCAGAAUUCGAAAAAUUAAAUCGUAUUGGUGAAGGAACUUAUGGAGUUGUCUAUCGGGCAAAAGAUACUUUAUCUGGUAAAAUAGUGGCUUUAAAACGUGUAUGCAUGGAUAAAGAUAAAGAAGGCUUACCUAUAAGCAGUUUACGAGAAGUGACUCUGUUGCUGAAACUUCAACACAGAAAUAUAGUGCGAUUAAAAGAAGUUGUUGUAGGUCGCAAGUUGGAGUAUGUGUUUUUAGUAAUGGAAUAUUGUGAACAUGACUUAGCCAGUCUGCUAGACAAUAUGAAAAAUCCUUUUACAGAAGCACAAAUCAAAUGCCUUCUGAUGCAACUACUGGAAGGUGUGAAUUAUCUACAUGAUCGUUUUAUUAUACACAGAGAUAUUAAAGUUUCGAAUUUGCUACUAAGCAACAAUGGAAGAUUAAAAAUAGCUGAUUUUGGUUUGGCAAGAACCUGUGGUAAGCCACACAAAGAAAUGACGCCAGUGGUUGUUACUCUAUGGUAUCGAUGUCCUGAGCUGUUGCUUGGCUCAAGAAAGCAUACAUCCGCCAUAGAUAUGUGGGCUGUUGGCUGUGUUAUGGGGGAACUGCUGCUUUCUAAACCUUUAAUGCCAGGACGAUCGGAAAUUCAUCAGAUGCAAUUGAUUAUCGAUCUGCUGGGUUCACCAAAUGAAAAGAUAUGGCCAUCAUAUGUAGAUCUUCCUGGUGCAAAAAACUUUACAUUCAAACACCAACCUUAUAACAACUUGAAACAAAGAUUUCCAUGGCUUUCAUCUUCUGGUAUACUUCUCAUGAAUAACAUGUUUAUGUUUGACCCGGAAAAGCGCAUUACCGCAUGUGACAGUCUUAAAAGCUCUUAUUUUAAAGACAGACCGCUACCAGUAGAGAAAGCCAUGCUACCGACUUUUCCGGAACAUCGGAAUUUUCUGCGGGCAUGGAAAACAACUCCGGAAGAUGGACCGGAAUAUACGAGAAAAGACGGCAAGAGAAAAAAGAAUACUAAAGUAACCGAAAAACUUAGAGAACAUUUAAAAGUGAAAAAGAAGAAGAAAAAAUAAGGGAAAUUUACGCCUUCUGGCAUAUAAAGUUUUAAUAUUUGCAGGAGAAAUUAAUAAAUAUGUAUUGAAUUUUAUGUGCAUAGUACUUCGACUUUAGCGCGGAUGUCAUCAGUAAAUAUAUUUUUAUGCCGAAUGUACUAAAUGUAUAGAGAAUAUAAUGAUACAGAGGCUUUUUUCUUUCGCAUGAA